AUGAUUCAACUCAUACGAAAUAUUCUUGCUGGAGAAGGUUCACUCUGGGUUGCGUGGAUAAACCAUUAUGUAAUCAAGAACAAGGAUUUUUAUGAUUUGAGUGAAAGUCCCACCAACAGUUGGGGUAUAAACAAACUGUUAAAGCUGAGAACAGAUGCCCGUCCCAUUCUUGAUGCAGGUAUUUCGAAGACAAAGAAAAUAUGGGAAGAAAUUAGAGAAAAACAUAACAAGGUUCCAUGGCACAAAGUGGUUUGGUUUCCCCUCCAUAUUCCUAAAGCAAGUGUGAUUACUUGGAUGGCCAUUCUUGAUAGGCUUCCAACUCGAGCUAGACUAUCUCGGAUGGGAAUUCCAACUGAUGGACUCUGUGUUUUCUGCAAUGAGGAAAUAGAAACUAGAGAUCACUUGUUUGCAGACUGCAAUUUUGCUAAAACUCUGUGGAACUCAAUAUUACAGCUCACUCAAUUACAAAAAACUCACAUGUCUUGGGAAGUAAGGCUGGACUGGUCUUGUAGAAAAUGGAAAGGUAAAUCACUCAUCUCCACUGUGAUGAAGCUUGCAUGGAAUACUUAUAUCUACUUGAUUUGGGAAGAAAGAAAUAGAAGAAUCUUCCAAAACCGAACUAGAGAUGUGGAUCAACUUUUGAAGAUCAUCAAGGAAUUUGUCCGAAUCCAACUUUUUGGUAGAAAUAUUAAUAGACUUGAUGAUGUUAAUGCUUCUCUCUGUAACUAUUGGGGUAUAGACUAA